AAAAAAAACGCAAUUAGACUGCGCGUGCGCAAAGUUGUUUUCGCCGUUACUCGUUUCGUUAAGUUUGUCCUUUCGGCUGCUCCGUAGAUCUCCGACAUAUUGUUUUUGAGGAGCGAUUUCUUGAAGACCCUGAGGGAGCGAAGAUUAUUUCAUUUAGAUCAUCACAGGGCGUUCAAACUACUUCCCUUGUAAAGACAGCAAGAUGGAACCGUCAGCGAGUCCUGCCAAGGAUAAUUACAGGAUGAACCGCUACAAGAAUAAAGCGCUUAAUCUGGAGGAGAUGCGCCGGAGACGAGAAGAAGAAGGCAUUCAGCUGAGGAAACAGAAAAGAGAACAGCAGUUGUUUAAGAGGAGAAAUGUGGAGCUGCUCAACGAGGAAGGAGGAAUGUUCGACAGCCCUCUCAUGGACGCUUUUGUCAGCUCCAGCACAGCACCAGAAGGAGUCAUAACCCGAGACAUGGUGGAAAUGCUCUUCUCGGACGAUCCUGAACUGCUGCUGGUUACCACUCAGAAAUUCAGAAAACUACUGUCCAAAGAACCGAACCCACCCAUCGAUGAGGUUAUCGGCACUCCAGGAGUCGUAAACAGAUUUGUAGAGUUCCUUGAAAAAAGCACUGAUUGCACGUUGCAGUUUGAAGCAGCAUGGGCGCUGACCAACAUCGCCUCCGGAACGUCUCAGCAGACUAAAUUUGUGAUCGAGGCAGGUGCGGUACCGGUGUUCAUCCAGCUGCUCAACUCCGAGUUCGAGGAUGUCCAAGAACAGGCGGUGUGGGCGUUAGGGAAUAUUGCAGGAGACAGUGCCAUGUGCAGAGACUUCGUACUGAACUGCGAUAUCCUUCCACCACUGUUAACGCUGCUGACCAAAUCAACUCGUCUCACAAUGACCAGGAAUGCUGUGUGGGCGCUGUCCAACCUCUGCAGAGGCAAAAGCCCACCACCCGAGUUUGAAAAGGUGUCUCAGUGCCUGCCCGUACUGUCCCGCUUGCUGUUCAGCAGCGAUCCCGAUCUGCUGGCCGACGCGUGCUGGGCUCUGUCCUACCUCUCAGACGGGCCCAACGAGAAGAUCCAGGCAGUGAUCGACUCGGGAGUCUGCAGGAGGCUGGUAGAACUGCUCAUGCACUCUGAUUAUAAAGUGGCUUCUCCGGCUUUGAGAGCCGUUGGGAACAUCGUCACUGGAGAUGACAUUCAAACACAGGUGGUACUGAACUGCUCGGCUCUCCCAUGCCUCCUUCACCUGCUCAGCAGCGCUAAAGAAUCCAUCAGGAAGGAAGCCUGCUGGACCAUCUCCAAUAUCACAGCAGGAAACCGAGCUCAGAUACAGACGGUCAUCGACGCGAACAUCUUCCCCGUGCUGAUAGAAAUCCUCCAGAAGGCCGAGUUUCGCACCAGGAAAGAAGCAGCAUGGGCCAUAACUAACGCCACAUCAGGAGGCACGCCCGAGCAAAUCCGGUAUCUGGUGAAUUUGGGCUGCAUUAAGCCCUUGUGUGAUCUGUUGACGGUGAUGGACUCCAAGAUCGUGCAGGUGGCCCUCAACGGACUGGAGAAUAUUCUGAGACUGGGAGAGCAAGAGGCCAAGCAGAACUGCAGUGGCCUCAACCCUUACUGCAGCCUUAUAGAGGAAGCCUACGGCCUGGACAAGAUCGAGUUCCUUCAGAGCCACGAGAACCAGGAGAUCUACCAGAAGGCCUUCGAUCUCAUCGAGCACUACUUCGGCGUGGAGGAGGAAGACGCCAGUCUGGCUCCGCAGGUGGACGAAGCCCAGCAGCAGUACCUUUUCCCUCAGCAAGAGGCCCCCAUGGAGGGCUUCCAGCUCUAAUCGACCUCCCGACACUGGGUUAGGCUCCGUACGACACGUCCAGGACCUUCCCGUGCCCGUAUCUGUACUGCAGGCCUCAGCACAGCCACAUACGCAGAUUAAUCUAGACCGACCGAGAGGAAGCGCGCUGCUUGCAGAUGAACUUGACCACUGUUUCACUCAUACGAGACUUCAGGAGCUGGGUUUUUAUUUCAUUUUAUUCUGUCUUAAUUUAAGUAGUGCCACUUUACAGAUUGGCUCCGGGCAAAACAAAACAAAAAAAAACCAACCAAACAACAUUUCUUCCUUUUCUUAUCUUUCUGGGCGCACAUUCCCAACAGGAUCUCAUGAACCCGGUGUUUUUCUCCCGCUUCAUUUGUCUUGGGUUUUAAUCCCAUGUGUGCAGGCCUUUUUUUGGAAAACGACGGUUUCUUAGACGUUCUUGGCGUUCUGCUAAGACGAAGGUAAACUGUCGUUGGAAGACACCUCGCACACUUUCCAGAGGCUUGAUGCGCUUCAGAUCGCGCCGUCUAUUUUUGUCCUUCUGUUUCUUGCGCUCUAAUAUUUGGUUUGGUAGUUCAAGACUGAAUCCUGCAGUGUUUAAAAUGAUAUCCAGGGCUCGAGGUGUUUUUUUGAAAGGCGGAAUAAUUCGUCGUCUACUGUUUGUGGUGUGCGGUGUUCUGAAUACGUAUAGAUUUGCGAUCUCAUUCGAUUUAUUCAUUAAAGAAGAAGAGUGCAUAGUGUAGGGCUGGGGUUUCACGAGGCUUUAGCACGAAGUUGAAUCGUUUGCUGUGUGUGUGUGUGUGUGUGUGUGUGUGUGUGUGUGUGUGUGUGUGUGUGUGUGGUUCAGCACCAACACAGCCAUUCUGCUUUCCCUUUAAGUAGUUUGGAGUUCGGUUUCUUUUUCGUUUUCCGUUGCAGAUUGGCGUAAAGCGGUGCUGCAGACUGUGUUACGAUCUUUCCAGAGUUAGGCCUUUGCAUGGUUUUAUAUUAUUCUAUCAAUAGUUUCAGUGUGUCCCUUGCCAGGUUUUGCAAUUAUCUAUUAAUCCGCAAUUUCACGAUUGCACUUAUCCUUACGCUCUUGUUGCUUGGUUUUCAGCCUUCUUAUUAUUUCUUUUUCCCUAAAAGUGUUUAUUUAAUUCGUUAUAUACAUUUACUGGCAGUAUAACAAAGAUGGUAAGGGAUAAACAUUGUUUAAAAAAAAAAAAAAAAAAAAAAAACAAUCUAACAUGUAAGAGAUAUAUAAAAUAUAUAUAUAUAUAUACACACACACACACACACGUGCGCACACGAGUAUAAGUCGACAGUUGCACACACACAAGAACACGAAGGAGAAAACCGCUUCUAUAAAUCUCUUUUCUGAUACUGUUCAUUCAUAUGUUUGUUUUUGGGACUCUAGGUACUGCGCAGAGGCCAAAACGUGACGUCCUGUGCUAUUUAAACGUGCAGCACGUACGUGUUUAAAAGAAGAAUCGAAUCGUAAUCUCGAGUUCUGAAGCAGUUUUCUCCUCCGUGUACACUACACCGAGUCCGUGCGAGUGUGUGACCGAGUAAAGGUUCGAGAACGAGGAACGAGACCGUGACUGACGGAUGUCACGUGAAGUGGCGAGGAAGGACUUUCGAUCGUGAUCUGGUAGCUUGCAUCGCUUCCGAUGUUCGCUGCGAAACUUUAUAGUAUAGUUAGAUGAGUAUGUGCUAUACGUACGUAUACAUGUAUUUCGAAUUCGUGUCGUCCACUGUUUGGUGUAAUGCAUGAUCAGCGUCGAGGACGGUGUACUAGCGUUCAUGAGUAUAUCGGUCAAGCUGAGAUUUAUUUUAUCUUUUUCUUUUUUUUUUUCUUUUUUGUAAAUCUUGGUGUUUCAGCUAAAUAUGAAUCUGUUUUAUUAAAAUCGUGCCUGAAUUUCCGAAUCUCAGUUUUCCUGAACCGUCACUCACCAGAGAAUUUCUUUAUGUACAAGUUCUCCGAUUUCAUAAAGCUAACUGGAAAGUUCAGGUUUGUUUUUGUCCGCGUUUCUAGAUUCGUUUACAGUUUUGAUACUCGCAUUUUUAAGAGCUGAGUAAGACCGAAUCUUCUGGUGAAGGAUGGCACUCCCGUAAAGGCAAAAUUGAAGUGAAAGUCCGAGCAUGAGCACCGUCUCUGACUCUGGCAGAAAUCUAUAGUUGAAAAGUUGACUAUAAUCAAAGGAAAUGAAACCGUUUGAGCCGUAGUUCGCUCGCGUUCUUUGCCUUUAGUGGUUCAGCUCUGCUUGUACGGUUUGUGACCUUUUCCUUUGCGUAGUGCGUGAGAACGUUAGCCGUUUCCCCGUAACGCGUCUUUUUCCGUUUCGCACCCCUACUCGUCAAGGAAAAAUCCACCCUGAGCGGCUCCAGAUUACUCAUUCUCAUUUUGAUCUACAUUGGCAUCCAGUAAGUUUGUCUACGCGUCGGUCCGUUUUCACUUCGGUUGACUGUUUCCUACCCACAAUGCCAUUCCAUGACCUGCUGAUAGCGGUGCGAUGGGAUUGAAAUCUCUACCUAAAGAAACCGCCGCUUGAUGGCGGUUCGAUGGCGACAUGAGCAUGAGUCCAGCGUUUACCGUCUCGGUUUGACGAAGAGAAGCAGCUCAUUGAAGACGAGAAGAUCAUUGAAAUGUUUUUUUUUUUCACCAAUUGCAGCACGUUCACACUACAUCAGUCCAGUUGUGGAGUCUGAAUCGCUACGGUUUGGUUUCUGACUGCGUGUACUUAAACAAAACGAUAACUUACAACAAUAAAAAAUAAAUAAAUACCAGAAGAGGCGUGUAGGGCUGGAAAACGCAUUCUGCUCUCACUGGCCAGUAAACGAACCUUUACCAGUGUGUAGGACUCAUAAAUAACCAGCUAGGUUCUAGAAAUAACUCGUUUUCUCCUGUUUUUCUCUUUUUGUACAAAUCUUCACAAACACGUAGCAAAAAGUUUCAAUUCAAACAGACUAAACGCUCCAUGUGCGAAAGCUUCCUUAAACACCAUUGUACCUGCGCUGAGGAUGACUUCACGACCACGCCUCCUCGCAGGCAUAAAGUUUUAUUAGAAUUAGCACCAGACUCGUUUAACUCCUCACAAAUAUUUCAAUGUAAACACAUCGAGUGUGUUUCAGGGUGGACUUCUCCUUUAAGUGCAAGCUUUUUUUUGCUGUUUUUUUUUUUUUUUGUUUGUUUGUUUGUUUAAACUUGUUUAGGGUCAUUUUAUAUAAAAUGGCGCUUUCAGCUGUUCGGUCCCUUACAACAGUUCAUCGACUGAGAUCAAGUAAGAUUUUAGUUGAACGUAAACGCUGAUAAUGCUAUGGGAACGCCGAACCAUGGGAAACUGGAGUAUGCAGAUAUGAUUUUUGCUCUUGGAGCUCUAUGUGCGGAUUUUUUUUUUUUUUUUUUUAGGGGGAGGGAAAAAAAACCCGCUUGACCAGAUUACAGAUUGCAAGGAAUUUUGCAGCUGUCCGUACACGUGUAGAUAAAGGGGGUAAGGGGUUACCGGGAAGAGGUUCAGUUAUUCUGAAGUGUAUAUACGUGUGACUUUCCUCUGUCUGUGAGACUGUCGGUGGAGGGCGUGGGGGUUCAAUCGGUGGACACAGAAAGAAAUCAACAAAUUGAUGAAAUAAAAUGCGAAUGCACUCCUUUUCACAAAAGUGCCAAUCAGACCAACGAAAACUGGGGGCUGAUGAUGUGGAUCGAUUCGUCUGAUUACGUUUUUUUUUUUGUUUUUUUUUUUUUUUUUACCUUCUUCUUUUCAUCAUUUCUUUAUUUACUUGAAUGUGCACGUAUCCGUGCAGAUGUUGCUGCUCUGUUAUUUUCAUAUCUUAUGGUAAUCACAUUAAGCGGUUACGUUAUCUUGUAGUUUCUGUAGACAUGUGACGGUCUGCUGUUUGUACACCAAAUUGGUAAACUGAAAGAAAAAAAAAAAAAGGAAAAAAAAAGAAAUUUAAGUGCUAAUUUAAUUUAAAUCAUGCUGGACUAAUUUUUUUUUUUUUUUUUUUUUUUUUUUUUUUUUUUGCUUUGCAUAUAAGAGUACCCUUUUCAUACUAAGAUCCAAAUAUUAUGAGAGAUGUAGAAAUGUGGGGUUUUUUUUUUUUUUUUUUUGUUCUUCUUUUCUUCCCCCCCCUGCAGCACUGUGUUUAUGAUGUUGCUUGCAUUUAUACAGUUCCGAAAUCUCUAGUUCUACAGCAGUGUGUAAGCAAUCACGUCUCCUCAAUCGCUGAAAAUUUCGAUCCGAACAGGUUUAACUUUCAGGGAAGGAACACAGGUAGAGCCAGUUGCCUGCAGCGACCGCUGAGAAAUCCGUCACGUGCAGGGAAUAUACCAAGCUUCAGUUCAGGCUGAAGCAUGUCCUAUAGAGAGAUUUAUCAGAUCAGGGCUUCAGAAAUCGCACGCAAGUUGCAUUUCAAUCAGUAAAUUUUUAUGCAGACCUGAUGUGGACAAGUUAUUAUUUCCUGAUGCUCUCCCUGAUUAAACACUGACUUCCAAGAAGUGCAAAAAUUGCUAAAGGCCACAUAUGUACAGUCGAGGCUUUCUGGUCUUCCGUCCUAGAUCUUGUAGAUGAUUAUAUCUUCGAGACUUUUUGUCUCCUCCAAAUAUCUGAAGCCUACUGCUUGGCUCUAUCGUCAAAAAUAAAUUUAUUUAAAAAAAAAAAAUGUAAAAAAAUUUGAAAAGGCAAACUCGUAUGUUUACAAUGCUACAUGUUUAUACAUAUUAAAUUGUCAAUCCAUUCAUUUUGCCCUUGGUGGAGAUUUGUGUCCUGGUCCUGUAAGAAGUUCUUUUUUUUUUUUUUUUUUUUUUUUUUUUUUUUUCCUUUCUUUUUUAUGUAUUUAUAAAUCUGUUUUCCUCCUCCUUUUUGCCAACUAUUACCCAUCUCAUACUGUGACUGACUUGACUUUACCGACCGUAUGAAUGAGCGACACAUAAAAAAAACAUGAACAUGUACAUUAACAAUACUGUACAAAUGUUUUAAAGAGAUUUAAAAGGUUUGUCCAGAAUGCAAAUAACAUGCAAAAAAAAUAAUAAAGAGAAACAAAUAUUG